GGCAGGGGCCGGCCGAAGCGCGCGCGAAAGGGAAUCCGCCAAUCAGCGACGUCCUGCGCGCGCGCGCCGCCGGGCUCGCGGGCCCGCCAUCUCCAUAGCAACGAGGCGCGCGCCGGGCCGUUGCUCCGCCUUCGGGUGUUCGGCGCGAAGUUCCCCGAAAGCGUCGCCUGAGGGGGAGCGUCGAGCGGCCUCCUCGGGCCUGCCUCCUCACCGAGGCCCGGUGGUCGUGGGGACCCCGGAAAAUCCACGUGGGGGGCAGGAAGCCAUGGAGGGAAGCAUUGAUUUCAUAACAUCAUUUUCCAGAAGCAGGGAAUUUGACUUUCAGCAGGAUCUCUGGGCAGGUGAAGAAUUGAGAAUCUAAGCUGUACCCUAAGGGAGAGUACCUGCUUCAGAGGCAUUAAUGAGCCAUGGCCCGCAGUCUCCAGAAUGAGGUGUACUGUGCCAUCUGCCUGGAUUACAGCGCUAGCCACGUGUCCAUCGAGUGUGGGCACAAAUUCUGCGGCUCCUGCAUCUUCCGGUGGGCCAGCAGAAGCUCAGAGACGAGUUACUGCUGUCCUCAGUGCAGGGGAAUCUCUGAGAAGAGGUAUCUCAUGGUCCAAAUUCUAGGAGUGGGGAGAAACCACAGGCUACAGAGAUCCACAGAUUCCUCACCGAGGAGCAGGAAACGCCGCCGUACUUACGGAGCCUUGGCUGCCUCUCAGCCUGGUACCCUAGCGGGUCCCGUGUCCGCCCUACGGCCUGGCCCGGGGCUCGCCCCGUCCGGCCCAAUGCCAUCCGACCGAGCAACCGCCAUGCCCGAGUGCCCGAGUGAGCUCUGCCUCGCGGGGCCGCUACAUGAGGUGAAGGCCGACUUGACAGACAUGUUGUACUGGCUCAUCAUCAAGCUUGAGCUAUUCAUGGAGAUUGCCUUGGGCAUAUGGCAGCCUUCUCCGUGACGAUUCCACGUUUCGUUAAUCACACCCCGGGCGCUGACCUGCACCUUUCUUUCAGUAAAAACUAGUUUUGUUGUCA